AUGCUCCAACUUUCCAGCCUCCUGACCCUAUCGAUUACAUUCGCGCUUGGAGCCGGCGCUUCUAGUGCUUCUAUUCUCACAUUUGAUUCAAAUAGUCGAGGGCAUAGCUUAAGAGAUUGGACAGUGUCAGGGGACGCCGCUCGACUUGUGCUAGAACAUCGAACGAAGUCUCCCGAUGCAUCAUUUCUUGGAGAAACAGACCAAAACACCGUGGACCUGUUAAAUCUAGCUGGGGGAACACCAUCACCAUUGUUUGGUGCCACUGCUGGAAAUGCUCAAAACCUGAAGAGCGUACUCAUUUUAGAGGGUUUAGGCUCUAAAGUUGGGUCUUUUCUCCAAGAGAACUACCCAGGAAAUUUGUCGAUUGCGCCAUCUUUUCUUCUAGAUGAUUAUGCCCUGGCCUCUUCUUUUAGAGGCGGGCCCAAGACCCAACCUGUCAAGAGACGCUGCCUGUUUCACAGUCAUAAUAGAGCUGAUUCCUCCAAGGAUAUUCAGGUCGCUGAAUAUUGCCUUGCCAACUACCCUAUCUCCCAAGGCGUUCCUCACUUUCAUAGCAAGGAACUACUCAGUCAUGUUGAUUUGUUGGAAUCUUGGGUCGAUGAGUCUGCAUCGACUACAGUCCUGAAGGUUUCUCUUAAGCCGCAGAAUAAACAUGCAGAUAGUGCUUCAAUUACACAUGUUCUGAAGUCGCUUUUGGAGGGUCUAUCUACGCUCUCAUCCUCAUCAGAAGGCAAUCAAAUUACUACACUAGUUUUUUCUGAAUCGCGAGAUUCUCUUGAAUCAAAGCGCAGCAUGUGGCCUCGAAGCAUCAACAAAGAGCAAACUUUAUCCAGAUUGGCUGGCUCGGCAGCUGAUUGGCAAUCGUCUCGAUUUUUGUCUAGAUCUGAACAGCAGAUCAUUCCAUCAAACCUGAUCCCUGUCUGUCAUGCCUCUGAAUCUUCUUGUACUGAGGCAACCAAUAGCUGCUCAGGGCACGGAUCUUGCUACAGAAAGUUCGGUUUGGGAAAUACAGAAGCUUCCAGCGAGUGUUAUGCCUGCAAAUGUCAGGAAACGAUCCUAAAGAAAGCAGACGGCACGGUCCAAAAAGUCCGGUGGGGUGGAUCGGCAUGCCAAAAGAGGGACAUCAGCUCUCCCUUCUUCCUGAUUACAGGUAUCAGUAUUAUGAUCCUGGCGGCAGUCGGUACCGCUGUUGGGAUGCUAUUUAGUAUUGGGCAAGAUGAGCUGCCCGGUGUAAUAGGUGCCGGGGUCGGGGCACCGAAGGCACAGAAGUGA